AUGGGCCACUUGAGCUGGGGUUGUCCGUUGAACGCGUCCAAGCAGAGCUCUAUGCCGGCCCACGUCGUUGCUGCACUGCAAUCCUGGCACCGCUCCUUCCUUCAGCCGUACUUUCAACGGCUCGACAUCCACCAGCAAGUCUUGCCCAAACUCCAGGUGAAAGACAUCGGCGUGAUCAUCCAAAAUACGCGGGAGUUCGCUUUCAUGCGCAGGGGAGAGGCCAAGCUGGAUGGCAUCGGCAAUCUUUCCGUCGAGAAUUCAGACAGAAGCCACGAUACUACCUCUCUCCGACGAGAGGCACAUGCCGGGUGCGCAACCACGUCCCGUACCCCUCCCGGAAGACAGCUCCGUGGGCAUAGAAGGAGGCGGGACGAUUGGAGCUCCGGGAACGAAAGAAACCUUACGGCAACAGACAGACGUAGGAGGGGCUGCAAUGAGGCGCCUGGAAGACACGAGACAAAUGAAGAGACCUCCGGGACCACGGGCGUAUACACAGGACCCAGCGCCAGGGAUGACUCGCGUCGACAAACGGACGGGAGCGAAGACAAGGAAGAGGAGAGGAUGCACACAGAACCCUGCGAUGACGAGAAGGGCACGUAUGCAGAACCCUCAAACGAAGAAAGUUCGUGUCGACAAACUGAACCGAACACCAGCGACGCUAGUGCGUCGCCUGACGGAGAUUCUCUGGCACCUCGGGGUGCCGCCUCCGUCCUGUCCUGGACCCAGUCACGGGUCCGAGGCAAAUUAGCCACCUUCCCGGAAGAGCCAAGUGACGCUCAGGAGCCAGAAGCCCCUUCUCGAGACUCAAACCAGGUGCUAGGUCGUCUGUACCCGGUUAUGGCGUGUUCGGGGGCCGGGACUGUCAGUGCUAUAACCGUCGGGAGUACCUGGACUGGAUUGACGCUAUCUCCCGGGGAAAUAUGGCCGGACUUCCCGAUUCUCAACAUGGGGAUAUCAAAGAACAGCACUUCCCAAUCUGGCUCGUCGGGGCGGCAGGUGCUAUCGAACCAGCACCAGAUGGGCGUGCGGUGA